CAUGACCUGUCCUGCCUGUGAAAAGCAAUCAGCUGGUUGUGGAUAUUUCUUUGGAUUGUACAAGUUUCAACCAGAUAACUCUUGCACAACCAACCAAACCGGCCAUUCCCUUACCUUGACUUCAUUCUGACUGGUUUAUUCUCUUACAAAAUGAAGGCUGAAGUGGACAAGAAAAGCCUGCGCCAACUGAUAUCUGCUUGCCAAUGUCCACUUUGCUCCUCCACGGUGAAACCCCCAGUCAGAAUGUGCAGUGGAGGACACUUCUUCUGUCAGGGCUGUAUCAUAGCACACCCCCUCCUCUGUCCUCUGUGCCAUUGCACCUAUGUUUACGGAAAUCCCAGUGCAUUUGUACAGGUGCUGAAUGUAGUGAGUCGACUGUGUGCGCAUGCACACAAUGGAUGUACAAAGUUCCUGGAUGAGGCAGGCCAUGCAGAACAUGAGCUUUACUGUGAGUGGAGGUCCGUGCGGUGUAUGUGGUGCCAGUGGCAGGGCAGCAUCAACCAGUUAGCAAGCCAUGUUACCAUUAACCAUCAUGGUGCUAUUUUAGCCAAUACUGAGGGUUCUAUUAACAUUCCAUCUAGAAGGAAUAAUAUAUAUUUUUUCGAAAUCGAUAAGGUAGUCUUCUGCCUCUAUGUUUGGCACAAACGUGACUAUCCUUUGUGCCUCUGCUUAAUGUGUUACCCACUAUCCAAGAAAGACAUGGAAACAGUGUUUUCCAUCAAUAUAGUCAACAGAGGACUGCAUAUUUCACAGUCCAUACAUCCUGUGUCAGAUGCUGUCCAACGGGACAAAGUAUUUUCAGACCCAGAAAAGUGCAUAAUUGUGCCGAACUAUAUCAAAGAGGGAAAAGCAUCCUUUGCAUACUGUAUUACACCAGGCAGCAUUAUGUGAUUAAUCUUUAGAUGAGUUUUAAUUUUGUAAAAGGUGUUUAACAUCAUUUUUAGUUGUUGUGACUAAGUCAGUAUUUCCAGUGGCUCUAAGUCAGUUAUGGAAAUGACCUCAUUAUAAUUCAGAGAAAUAUAAUCUUGUUAUGUGAAAUAUAGUUUUUAUUAAUUUGGAGAGGGUGUAAAUCUCUCAUUACAAUAAACUGUUCUUAAAUGUU